AAGUAUAAAAGCAUGAUUUUUUUAUGAGAAAGUAAAAACAAAAAACAAUAUAAUUCAAAUAUGUGGAUAUAAAUUAAAAUAAAUUGUUUGUAAACAUAAUUUUAUUGGUUCGUCAUACUUAGAAGUAAAAAAUUUUUCAAUUCCCUUAAGAAGAAAUGUUCGAAUCUAAUAUAUACAAUUAAAAUAGUGUGGUUACUUCAAUACAUUUGUAUUCUUCUAAUAACAAUACCUAUAAAAAAAAGUUGUAAAAUAAAAAUGUGAAACAUCAUUCGAGAACAACAUGAUUUAUUAAAAGUGUUUACAUACCUUUUAAAUAUGUUUUAAUUUUAAUAAAGCAUCUGCAUUUGAUGUAGGGUUAAGGAACGAAUAAAACUGUUUUUCAUUUUUUCACUAUGUGAGAAUACCUGUACGAAGAUUUUUUAAGUAAAAACAGUAAUCGCAGUAAAAUUUUUGUGAUGAGAUGCCAUGGUUAUCAUAUAAAUCGGUCACAGUUCCCACAUAGAAUAGUGAAUACUAAAAUAAUUAACAAAGUUCAAAAUUAAGAAAUUUAAAAAUAUAUAUUUUUUUUUUAAAUUAGAAAAAUUAGGAGAAAGUCAACAAUAAUUUUAAUUUAAGAUUUUUUUUUAUUAGAAAAAUUUAAAUCAAUAUUAAGUAUAAUUAUAUUAUUUUUUUUUAUAUUAGAAAAAAGUAAAUUAAUAAUGCAAGCAUCUACUUUUGUUGUUGGCAAAGUACUUGAUGGUUUUUUUUUCUUUUGAAAAAUGUACAAUAAAAGUGUAGUAAAGUUACUAAUAUAAUUUAGAAUAUAAGAGUAAGGUAUUUUACUGUCUUCUGUACCAAAUUAAUAUAAUCCAAAAUUAAGCUACAAAAUGCAAGGGGCAAAUUGUAAUACUGUUAAUUUAAGGACCGGCAUUAUUAAUAAGUGUAAUUCAAACGUGCUUUCAUCACAGUUAAUUGAAAAAAAUAUAUUAGAAGAAAAACAUGAAGUUAUAACAUUUAAUAAUAAUAGUAAUAAUAAUGAAAAUACCGAAAAAAGUGUACAAGAGACGCAAUAUUUAAAUAAUUCGGAUGAAAAUAUAUUUGUAAAGCAAAAAAAUUACAAAAAAUGUCGGAUAUAUAAUAAUACAAAUGCAAGUUUUCCUAUUCAUAAUAAUAAUAAUAACAAAAAUAAUAAUAAUAAUAAUAAUAAUAGUAGUAAUAAUGAUAGUUAUAAUAAUGAUAACAAUGAUAAUUCACUAGCAUCAACGGCUACUACUCCAAAUAGUACAAUAUUUUUUUGCAUUAAUGAUUUUUUUGGUUGUAGUUGUUUAAGAAUUAGAUCGAAAUUUAAAACAAGAACUAAAAGGCAACAAUUAAAACAAUUUAAUAAACAGUCGCUUAAUUUAAACUUUAAUAUUACAAAUUUUAAUUUUAAAAUUAAAAAUUUAUUUUUAUGGACGCUAAAAUGUCAAUUUUUAACAAAUAUUUUGAGAGUGUUUUUUGCGUUAUACUUAGCGAAUUCAUUAUUCUUAGUGUGCGACAGUAGCAGUGUGAAAAAUAAUUUUCUUCAAAAAAAGCCUUCUGAUAUUUUUAUAAAUAAUUAUUACAAUUUAACGGAUAAAUAUCAUACAAAUUCUGUAUAUAAGCGAGAUAUAUCUUAUAACAGAGCCGUAUUACAUAAUUCUAAAGGACAGGUCAUAUGUUCAUCAAUUGACGUUCGAAAUGAUUAUGAGGAAAUAACCAAGCAUAAAAAUUGUUCAAUUAUUGAAGGAUUUUUGACUAUAACAAAUUUGGAGCUAAAAGACGAUGUUGAGAAAUACGCUUUUCCUAAACUAACAGAAAUUACAGAUUUCCUAAUGGUGUAUAGAUUUAAGGGAUUAAAAUCAUUAAGUAGUAUAUUUCCAAAUUUAACAGUUAUACGAGGGACGAUACUUUUUGAACAAUUUGCAUUGAUUAUUUUUGAGAACAUUAAUCUUGUUGACAUUGGGCUUUAUUCUUUAUCGAGGAUAAAACGUGGUGCUGUACGUAUAGCGAAUAAUGCUGAUUUAUGUUUUGUUGACACUAUUAAUUGGACUAAUAUUGUUGCUAACAAUGAAAAUAAUUUUAUAUGGGAAAAUAAAGAUAAAAGAGAUUGUCCUAAAUGUCCAAGGGGUCCGAAUGCCACGGAAGGAAUAUUUGAGAAGGAGCCUGCUGAUUGCAGUAAUACAGGAUGUUGGAAUCAUUUCUACUGUGAAAGAAUUUGCCCAUCAGCUUGUCCUAAUAAUUGCCUAAAUGAAAAAGUUUGUUGCAAUUCAGAAUGUAUGGGAUGUAGGGAGACCCCGAAUCAAUGUAUAAGUUGUCGAGAUUUUGUAGAAGAUCACAAAUGUACCAAAAGUUGCAAACCUAAAUUCCUAAAGUACUCAGAUCGAAGUUGUAUUACUACUGAAGCAUGUUACACAAAACAAAAAUACCAAAAUGAGCAAGUUCAAAUGGCUGCAGUUUCCGAAGAAGCUUGCGUAAUUGACUGUCCACACGGUUAUAAAAAACUCAGUGUAAAAACAGAGACAGUUCCAGUUGGGCGCUACUGUGAGAAAUGUAAAAAGGGAGAUUGUGAGGAGCAAUGCGAGGGUGGACCCGUAGACAGUCUUGCAGAUGCAAAAAAAUUUCGCGGCUGUUCUAAUGUUACAACAGAUUUAAUCAUUAAUUUACGGCAAGGUGGAAAACAUCUUAUGGAAGAGUUAGAAGAUUCAUUUGAGAGUAUUCGAAUUAUUCAUACAACUUUGCAAGUGGUGCGUUCAUUUGCCUUACCUUCUUUAGGAUUUUUCAAAAAUUUACGAGAAAUUUCUGGAGUUGGUGUUUUGCCAGACAGUUAUUCAUUCUAUGUGUUGGAAAAUAGUAAUCUUCAAGACAUUUGGGGUGAAAAUCAAACUGUUGAAAUAAAAGGAGGAAGAAUAUUUUUUCAUUUUAAUGAAAAGCUGUGUUACUAUAAAAUUGAAGCUUUGAGGAAACACAUGUAUUAUAACGAACCUUUUCAAGCAACAGAAGUCUCUAAUACAACCAACGGAAAUCGUGGGUCAUGCAAUAUGACAGUUUUAUCGACGCAAGUUGAUAAAGUUGAUGUUAAAGGAGCUGUAAUACAUGUUUUGAAUCCUAUAAAAUAUUCUGACCCCAGAUCGCUAAUAUCUUAUCAGUAUUAUUUAAUUGAAGCACCGGAUGUAUCAAAAAAUAUUUCUAAAUAUGAUUAUCGGAGUUCAUGUGGAAAUGACGCAUGGACAAUCUAUGAUCGCACGAAAGAACCUUUUGAUACGUUUCUCUUUAACCCCUUAAAGCCUUAUACUCGAUAUGCUUACUAUGUUAGAACAGAAACUAUUGCGGAUCAACCAAACGGUGAAAGUAAGAUCGAUUAUUUUAUGUCAGCUCCUGGACAACCGGAUCAAGUUCGAAAUUUACGUGUUAUUAAUACUACAAUUAAUUCACUUGAAAUUGAAUGGCUCGCACCUAACAAACCAAAUGGAAUAUUAGUCUUGUACGAAAUUAAAUUAAAACUAUUAGUAGAUCAUCCAUUAAGAAGUGAAGAACGUUGCAAUCACACCGAUAUUAAUGAGGUAUAUUAUGACACUGUCCAGCCGUCGAGAAAUAAUAUUGAAGAUAGUUGUAGUCAUUGCACUUGUGACAUUCAACAAGAGUCACAAAAAUCAAGCAAAAAGGGACCUGAAUUUGUAGAGGAUGAUAUUCAUUUUGAAAAUGCUCUUCAAAAUUUUAUAUUUGUGAAGAAAGUUAAUGAGACUCCUGUACAUUCUAAUGCUAUUAUUAAUCGAAACAGAAGGGCAAUCGCUGAAGAAGAAUUUCCUAAAAAAAUUUUUACUGAUAAAAAAUAUGAUUCGACUGGAAAACAAAAUUUAUGGCAUAAUAACACAACUGGAACAUUUUACGUACAAUUUUACAAGGAGGUGGCAGCAAAUGUAACAAAAUUCACUGUAAAUAAUUUGAGACAUUUUGGAGUGUACAAAAUUGAAAUAAUUGCUUGCCGAGAAGGCAAAAUAGAACACAAUUGUAGUGAUCCUAACUCAAGGGAAGCAAAAACCGAUUUCAAAAAAGACAGUGAUUUUGUAAGAGAUUUGCAAGUCGAAUCAGAAAGAAGUAACAAUACUGGCGUUACAGUUUUGAGAAUAUCUUGGUUACCCCCAGAAGACGCAAAUGGACUCGUUCUUUAUUAUACAGUGCAUUCCAGGAAAGUAGAUUUUGAAAAUGAAGAACCAAUAUCACGAUGUGUUUACAUGGAAAAUCUUAUAGUUAACAAUAUUUCAAACCGUUUGACAUAUAAAGAUAAGUUUUCGGCAGGUCGUUAUGAAAUAAAAGUAAAAGCUAAUACUCGAAUACCUCGGCAUCUUAGAAAAUUUUCAGAACCCGUUUAUAUAACAGUUUACCCUGGUAGUUUACAGGUGAUAGAAAUAGUUGGAAUCGUUAUAGGAAUAUUGAUAUCUUUGGGAAUUUUCGGUCUUAUAUUAUUGUACGUGAAGCGAAAAUAUUACGCGCAACAACCUGAUUUAAAAUUAAUUACAUCAGUCAACCCUGAAUAUGUGAGCAUGCAGUAUACUCCAGACGAAUGGGAACUACAACGAGAACAAAUAAUUCAGCUAAGAGAAUUGGGACAAGGUUCUUUUGGUAUGGUUUACGAAGGUGUUAUUAAAAAUUAUAAUCAAUUACAAGACAAUACGCCUUGCGCUAUCAAAACUGUAAACGAGAGUGCUACUGAUGGUGAACGAAUAAAGUUUUUAGAAGAAGCGCACAGAAUGAAACAACUAAGUACACAUCAUGUGGUUAGAUUACUAGGAGUUGUUUCCCGUGGUCAGCCAACUCUGGUUGUUAUGGAAUUGAUGAGCAAUGGAGAUUUAAAAGCAUUUUUGAGGAGACAUCGUCCAGAUCCUGAAAAUUUCAGAGAAGGGCAACCUUUACCCCAACCUCCAACAUUAAGAAAAACACUUCAGAUGGCAAUCGAAAUUGCGGAUGGAAUGUCAUAUUUAUCAGCAAAAAAGUUUGUUCAUCGCGAUUUAGCCGCAAGAAAUUGCAUGGUCGCUCAAGAUUUAACCGUAAAAAUUGGAGAUUUUGGAAUGACACGAGAUAUAUAUGAAACAGACUAUUAUAGAAAAGGAACUAAAGGACUUUUGCCAGUGAGAUGGAUGGCCCCUGAGAGUUUAAAAGACGGUGUUUUUACAAGUGCCAGCGAUGUAUUUAGUUAUGGUAUCGUUUUAUGGGAAAUGGCAACAUUAGCUUCACAACCAUAUCAAGGCUUAUCGAAUGAUCAAGUAUUACGGUAUGUAAUUGAUGGAGGUGUUAUGGAAAGACCCGAAAACUGCCCAGAUAUACUAUAUAAUUUAAUGGUUAAAUGUUGGCAACAUAGGCCAUCAUUAAGACCCACUUUUUUUGAAAUUAUUGAAAUACUUUUGGAAGAUGCGGAUCGGCAUUUUGCGGAUGUAUCAUUUUAUCAUUCGCCUGAAGGAAAAGAAAUUAGAGAACAAAUGCAUUCAGUUGCAGAUUUAGACGAUGUAACAACACCUCUUAGAUUAGGAUUUAAUACGUCUAUGGAACAACCAGACAGCAUUAUCGAUGAUAAUGAGUCACACUCCCCAUUUAGAUGAAACAUUUUUAGUUAAUUCAGCAUAAUUUAAAAACCAAUGGACAAAAUUUAGGCUAUAAUAAACACAUUCAUUGUAUAUAUACCAUUAAAUAAAUAGUCAAAAGUAAAUAUAUUUUACUUGAAUUUUAUUAGAGAACUAAUAAAAUUUGAAUGUUUUAAAUUCGCAUUUUGAAUAUUUGGCAAAAAUA